AAGCCAUUCUCUCUAUCGUUGUUUUGGUGAUGUAAUCGAUGAACGACUGUUUUUAGAAAUCGCUUAUAUUCCGACAGCGAAGUGUCAACAAGUCAUAGUAAAUCGGUGGAAGAGAAAUGAGUCUGGCAAGCUGGCAGGUUGGCUUGCUAGUCGGCGGUCUCUUGCUCCUCUUGCUCGUUCUUUCUGCUGUCAUUGGCGUUGCAUGUAUGAUAUUUGUGAGGAGAAGAAACGAUGAAACUACCGAGGAUGACGAGAGACUGUCGGAAGAAGGGACGGUGUUGCCAAACGGUGGUCACGCCCUUGCUAGAGAUGAUGUCAUGGCUGUUGGUGCGGCAUCUAGCGGCUCGCCCACCGAAAUGAUGACGCCGCUAGUGGCACAAGAUAGAGAGACAGAUGAACAAGCUUCAUCAUCUCUAUUAGCCGGGAACCCGCUGUACAACCCGCAGGAGUAUCUUUACAACUUUGAUAAUCCAACAUAUGAUACAGAGCAUGGAUCUCGAUAUGACGCCUCGGUCAAGAUACAGUCAACAUACAGAGGCUACCGUGCCAGACAAAAGUGGAGUGAAGUGAGGACAGCUGUGCUUGUCAUUCAGAAAUGGGUGAGAGGAUUCCUUGCAAGAAGAAGGGUUUAUAAAUACAAAGUGUCAAAGAGGAAACAUCAGCAAGCAAAAUUGCAAUCUGCUGCAAAUAUCAAAUUGAAGCGACAAAAUUCAUCAAGAGUUGGUUUACUGAAAGGCUUAGCUUUGUUUGAUGUGAAGGCAUUGGGAUCAGUAGAAGUCAGUAAACUCCAUGGGGAAGAAACAGUAAAAGAUGCUUUGGGAAGGAUGAAAAAAGAGUAUGGAGUUAAAGGAAAAUCAAGGAUGAAAAUUAGUGUCUCUCCUCAUGGGUUAAAGCUAUUUGAUGCAGCAUCGAUGACUCAAUUGGCUCAUAUUCGUAUAACAACUGUUUCCUACUGUUCUGUUGAUUCCAAAACCAACAAAGUGUUUGCUUUUAUUCACAACCUGGGUAACAAGGGGAGUAAGGGCAUCUGUUAUGGUUUUCAUUGCAUCAACAAUGAUGCUGAUAAAUUGGCAAAGACAGUUGCUGAGGCUUACCAUCUGGUCUUUAAAAGACUGCAGAAAGUCAGAGAGAAGAGACAACAACAAAAGAUGGCCUCUCUUAUGGCAUCAAGAGCAGCAGAGGAAGCAAAAAGAUUGGAGGAAGACUUGGAUGUCCAUUUGGAUGAGUUGGAGAAUGACUUUGCUGAGUUGGCUCAAUUGAUGACAAAGGGAUCUGUGUCUAAUCUUGUGAAUGUCUCCAACUUUGGGGAAGCAGCGGAUGAUGUGCUUGCAGCUUCUUCCUCUCAUUUUUCUCUUGACUCUUUGGAUGGAGGGAACGUUAAUCGAAGUCGGUACACAGGAUCUCAAUCAACUCUUGAUGACUUAGAUGAUGAGUUUCCUGAUCAGCAACUAGGAGAAGCAGUUGACUUUUCUGACUUACAAGAUGCUUUUACAAAGUUUGAAAUGGCUGGGUUGCCAGCAUUUGAUAAUGCCAUUGAGCAAUUCUUGCAAGGGGACACAAGUGCACUGGACUAUGCACAACAACGAGAGCUAGGAAUUGACAUUCCUCGAGUCUCUGGUGAGUUGUGAAGACAGGCUCUCCUGUAGAGCUGACCAAAGAAGAUCAAUUCUCUAACACAUGUAGCUAUAGAAAUAGAUAAUUGUGACUGCUACUGCAUGUAUAGCUAUAGUGUCGUAUAGCAUGUGUAUACGUGUUUCUAUGAGUACAGUUUGUUGUCUUCUUUUUCCUUACUAUUACAGCAGACGUCAACUCAUGCCCGUCUUGGCUGUUUCCCUCGUAUGUCGCUCUGGCUCGAGACCACUUUUCAAUUGAAUAGCAAU